UAUAAUACAUACUCCAAUAAGUACAACCUACCAGCAGGAGGCAGCAUUGAGUAAUUUACUCUUAUUUGUCAAGAGUUAGCAGAAGUAGAAAGAGUUCAGGAUCAAAGGACUUGGUGGAAUAGAACAUUUUCAGAAAAUAAUACACCUGAAAUUUUACAUUUUUUCAUGACUAUUUAUCCAGAUAUUUUAAAGAAAUAUGUACGAAAAAUGAAAAAUUAACUGGAAAACAAUGGCUCUAGUACAUGGGUAUGAAUUGGUUUGUUUACAGGUGCAAAUUGUUGUACUUUCUACUUUAAAAAUACAUCUGGUCCACUUUUAGAUGAACAAAACAUGCCUCUGUAGAUCCCAUCUACUCCACUGGAACAAAACACCAAACAUAUUUUACUGUCAGUAUCUCCAAGGAUCCGUCUGAUAACGUGAGCUGAGCUGAAACUGGACACCGUUUUGCCUCUCUGUUUGAUGUUUCCAUGGUUACCGUCUCUGUUGACAUGGAGCUUGAUGGCACAAGUUCCGUCUACCAUCUGCAUCUCCUUUGUGUGACAUUAGAAAGCCUUGGAUGCUUGAUUAGGAAACUAAGCAGCAGCAGGAGCAAGUCCGAAGAGGAGCUGAAACCUUCCCGCUUUGUUCUGGAAGAAGACGAAGGUUUCAGCGACUGGAGUCACAGGUUGGAGAACCGUCAUGAGACGGAGGAGCAGGAAAACUGCAGGCCGAAGGAGCACAAACUGUCUGCAGCAUCAGAGUCUAAACAUGAGGAUGAGGAGGAGGGAAGAGGAGGAAGGAGCUCUGAGGAAGAUUCAACACGACUUUCAGAGAAGACAUCCAGCUCCCAAACUCCAGUCAGGACGUCGUACAGCUCCUCUGUCUUCCUGCCGCAGGACGCCAGGCAGCAUCACGCCGCAGGACAUCCUGCAGACCGGACGUCGUACCUGGCAGCAGGGACGAUAAGGACGAGAAACUUCGACCAGAGUGGAGGAGCUCACCGGCUGGACGUGGAUGAGGAGCAGAAGACGUGGGAGGAGGAGGAGGAAGAGGAGGAGGAUGAUGAUCGAGAGAUGAAAACAAUGCUGCAGAUGCAGCGACAGACUUCAGCUGAUGAAGAAAUUCAGGAGGAGGAAGAAGAGCGAAGCUCCGCUGGUGAAAACAGGGGAGGAAUCCACAUCAGGAAGCCGCAGACACACAGGCCAGCGGAGGAGGAAGAAUAUCACAAAAUGAAAAACAAGCGAUCAGAGGAGAGUGAGAGAAGACGGGAUGCGGUGAGCGGCGGGCCGGCAGCGUCUCACCUCAACAACAGCGAAGGCGAGGAGUCGUUAAACUGCUACGGCCCCAUGAGUCCAACAUUCAAGAAACUCCUCAUACAAUUCUACCCAGACGAGGUGAACAGUCGAGUCUCACCGGAUGGAAAAUGUUCGAUAACAGAGAGGGCCGAGUCUCUCAGAAGAAGCACCAGCAACGUAAAGAAGACAUCGCCACGGCUUUCUGUUUCUAAGAUUGAUAAGCGAUUGGAGGAAUACACACAUGCUCUUGAGAUUUCCUCAAAGGAAGGAAGGUCGAGCUGUCAGGCGCUGACUGACCUCACGAGCCCCGCUGAACCGGUCGCAUCGAAGAAGAAUCUGUUUGAAGCCGGAGACGCCUGGAACCAAAACAUCGUCUCAGCCGCUGCGUCCAAGGACGCAGACGGUUUAAAGGUUGGUGUGGCCGAUCUGAUCAACCAGUGGGUGAAAGGAGGCGAAGACGGAAGCAGGAGCGGCUCGCCCUCAAAACCAGCAGAAAUAAGACCUGGCGGGGUUUUAAACAAGAAGAAUUUAUGGGAAAGCCUCGGUGACGCAUUAUCUUCAACAACAGACGGAAAGGAAAACUCCACCAAGAGGUAUAAAUAUGUGGUAACGGGUCACGGCAAGUAUGCAAAGGUUUCUGGUAACGGCUGCAGUGAAGAUGUAAGCUGCCAGGCAGCUGAACAUCUCUUUGAAGAUUUGUGAAACUCCUCUUUGGAAUAUUGGACGACAAACCACUUCUCUUUUUGUUGGGCUAUAAUCUGGAAAAAUACCAAAAUCCUUCUUUUGCUUUGGGACUGAUAUCUUUCUGUACUUAUUGUAUCUUUGAAUACAAUCAAGCAAAUCUGAAUAAAGUACUUUUUAGCGUU